CCUUGUGCGGGAGCCGGAGCCCAGGGAAUCCCGAGGCGAGCUCCAGGCGCUGCCUCCAGCGCCCGAGCCCGGCCGGGCCUCUGAGCACAGCUGCUCGGCGCCCCUGGUCCCCGGUCACCUCCUCCCGCCCGCCCGCAGCUCCCGGCCGAGUUGCCCCAGAGACCGCGACGCCACAGCUCCGCGGGACCAAUGAGAGCUCCGCUGCUGCCGCCGGCGCCCGUGGUGCUGUCACUCUUGAUCCUCUGCUCAGCCCAUUAUGCUGCUGGACUGGACGUCAACGGCACCUCCUCUGGGAAAGGAGAACCAUUUUCUGGGGACCAUGGUGCUGAGGCAUUUGAGGUGACCUCCAGAAGUGAGAUGUCCUCGGGAAGUGAGGCUCCCCCUGCUAGCGAAAUGCCUUCUGGUAGCGACUAUGACUAUGCUGAAGAGUACGAUAACGAACCGCACAUAUCUGGCUAUAUUGUAGAUGAUUCAGUCAGAGUUGAACAGGUAGUUAAGCCCAAGAGAAACAGAACAGAAAGUGAAAAUACUUCAGAUAAACCCAAAAGAAAGAAAAAGGGAGGCAAAAGUGGAAAAAAUAGAAGAAACAGAAAGAAGAAAAAUCCAUGUGAUGCAGAAUUCCAAAACUUCUGCAUUCACGGAGAUUGCAAAUAUAUAGAGCACCUGGAAGCAGUAACCUGCAAAUGUUACCAGGAUUACUUUGGUGAACGAUGUGGGGAAAAGUCCAUGAAGACUCACACCAUGGUCCACAGCGAUUUAUCAAAAAUUGCUUUAGCAGCCAUUGCUGCUUUUGUCUCUGCCAUGAGCUUCACAGCUAUUGCUGUUGUUAUUACAAUCUACCUUCGAAAACGAUACUUCAGGGAAUAUGAAGGUGCAGCUGAAGAACGAAAGAAACUUCGACAAGAAAAUGCAAAUGCACAUGCCAUAGCAUGACUGAAGAUAAUAUUACAGGGUAGCAGAUCGGGGUCACUGCCAAGUCAUAACCAUGACUGAUGAGUUGGUUCCUCUUUGCAGUGGAUCAUAAGAAGACAGAACCUUUUUGUUCUGGUGGUUUUAAACUUCCAACUGUCACUUUUUUUAAUGCUAAGUCUUAUUUCUGUACAUAAAGAUGCACGGAGAUAAAAAGUAUUUUUUCAAGUUGUAAAUAAUUUAUUUAAUAUUUAAUGGAAGUGUAUUUAUUUUACAGUUCAUUAAACUUUUUUAAUCAAA